AUGGCUAGCGACAAGUCAGAUGCCCACAAGCAGGAUGCUCAAAUCAAGUCCGCCGACAUGAGUGAGGAAAUGCAACAAGAGGCUAUUGAAGUCGCACAGUCGGCUAUGGAGCAGUUCACUAUCGAGAAGGACAUUGCCCAGUAUAUCAAGAAGGAGUUCGACAGCCGAAAGGGUGCCACAUGGCACUGCAUCGUAGGCCGCAACUUUGGAAGCUUUGUCACACAUGAGACGAAACACUUCAUCUACUUUUACCUCGGUCACUGUGCCAUCCUACUUUUCAAGACUCAGUAG